ACUAUGGAUAAAAAACUCUUAUCCAUUGCAGGGGCAAAGGGUAUUAAGGUAAAUCCACAUGAGUGAAAUUGGUGAAGUGCAUGUUGUAGAUCUUGUCAUCUAUUACUUUAUUUCCUUUUCUCUAUACCUCUUACUCAAUUGUCUUGCUUUAAUGCUUCCUUCUUCCUCCUACUUCCUACUUCAAUUUCACCCAUUUAACAAACUUUUCUCAUCAUAUAAACAAGAUCAAAAUGGAAGAUUUUCAAGCUUCAAAGAAAAGGAAGGUGGAUGAUAAGAUUGUGGUGAAAGUGAAACUUGAAGAAAAUGAAGGGAAAAAGAAGAGUGAGCAAAACCCUUCUUUAGAUUGUUGGUCUUGGAGAAAAUAUGGUCAAAAACCCAUAAAAGGAUCUCCUCAUCCAAGGGGAUACUACAAAUGCAGCACAUCAAAAAGUUGUUUAGCCAAGAAACAAGUAGAGAUAUGUAGAACAGAUGCAUCCAUGCUCAUAGUCACCUACACUUCUACUCACAACCAUCCAAAUCCUAAUAUCUCCAAACAACCCAAAAAUGACCCGAAAUCGGAAGUUAAUACAACCCUUGAAUCCGACCAAGAGAAUGAAGAGCAAAAGCCCAUCAUUACGCCUAGAAACGAUGAUUUUCCCUACACCAAAACCCUAGAAGAGGAAACCUGCUUAGCGGUAAAUCUUGAAAAUAAAUUCUUUGAUAAAGAACCACUCUCGUAUCCCGAUCUUAUGAAGUCUUCAACAUCAAAAACGGAAGAAAACGACUUCUACGAUGAACUUGAGGAGUUACCCAUGUCUUCCUCAUCAUUCAAAAGUUUCAUGAGUAGUGACUUUUUUGAGGAAAGAGUUCUUGUUCAACCUUCUUAACAAGGGAAGUGAAAUAUGUAACUAAGUUUAGUUGUUCAUACAGUUUGACCUCUUAAAUUGUCAUCGGUAGAGUAGUUGAACUGCAUGUAAAAAUAAUUUUUUAUAUUGAACCCAUUAGUUAGAAAGUUUUCAUUUCAAUAUAAAGGUUACUAGAGGA